ACACAUCGCGCCGACUGAAACUCGACAAAGCAUCACCGCUGACGCCAGGCUGUGUCCUCCUACCCAACCCAUCUCAUCCGUCCGCUCGCCGCUCCCAGGCCCUCAAGCCUCUCGCCCUUCCGCGACGGAUACCUACAUCAACAUCGAAACGGCCGAGCCCGUUGUUGGCUGGUGACCCGGGCCUCAGCCCCUCCACCGCCGGGUAUCGCGGAAACGCCAGGUCAGAUUUGCCCAACUCCCGGCCGUUGCGCGCACACAGCGAGGCGGCGCACGCUGCCUGAUUCCAAACCGGGGGCGACAAGCUCGCACCAACAGCCUGUGCUGACACAGUCGCGGGUGUCUUGCAGGCAGUACAAUCAAUUGCCAGUUACUCCGCCUUCGAAACAUCGAUUUCGGUCACCGACAAUCUUCUCCCCUGUCCCUCCAAAAUUGUCCGAUUGCCUUCAUACGCGCAGACGUCGCCGACUUCAUCCUUUCUCUGCGAAACACGCACAUCUCUGUGGCCCGCUCUGCCCGUCUCCUGUUGCGCAGAAGUGCCAUGUCGACGACGCUGGGGUGAGACAAGCAGAUUGAACCCCGAAACAACUCUCUGCCAGUAGCUAACCGAACGUCUCUCUCUCGUGCUGCAGCGCCUUCGUCGCCGGCGGCAUCGCGGCCUGCGGCGCCGUGACGGCCACUCACCCAUUCGAAACCGUCAAGAUUCGGUAAUUGUGCCCUGCUACUCCUUGACGCAAGAGGGCGACGAACUCUAACCCGUGCUCCCGUGCAGCAUGCAAUUACAAGGCGAGCUCCAGUCCAAGGGCCACCAACCGCAUCACUACCGCGGCCCGAUACACGGCGUCGGCGUCAUCGUCAAGCAUGAGGGCGUGCGGGGCAUAUACCGAGGCCUGGGAUGCGCCUACAUCUACCAGGUGCUCCUCAACGGCUGCCGCUUGGGCUUCUACGACCCCCUGCGCAAGGGAAUCUCGUCCGUCUUCCUCAGCAACGAGAACGCGCAGAAUCUCGCCGUCAAUAUGUUCUGCGGCGCCUUCUCCGGCAUCAUCGGCGCCGCCGCCGGCAGCCCCUUCUUCCUCGUCAAGACCCGCCUCCAGAGCUACUCGCCCUUCCGACCCGUCGGCACGCAGCACCAGUACCGGAAUGCCAUCGACGGCCUGUCGCAGAUUUAUCGCGCCGAGGGUGUGCGCGGCCUGUACCGCGGCGUCGGCGCCGCCAUGAUCAGGACAGGCUUCGGCAGCUCGGUCCAGCUGCCGACCUACUUCUUCGCCAAGCGCCGUCUGGUCCGCCACGCUGGUAUGGAGGAGGGCCCGGCCCUGCACCUCGCGAGCAGCACCGUCAGCGGCUUCGUCGUCUGCUGCUUCAUGCACCCGCCGGACACAAUCAUGUCCCGCCUGUACAACCAGAACGGCAACCUGUACAAGGGCGUCUUCGACUGCCUGGGCAAGACGAUCCGCACCGAGGGCUUUUUCGCCAUCUACAAGGGCUUCCUGCCGCACCUCGCCCGGAUAUUGCCGCACACGAUCCUGACGCUGUCGCUCGCCGAGCAGACCAACAAGCUCAUGCGAAAGUUUGAGGGACGCGUCCUGCCGAUGCUUGACAAGGCGUAGGGCAACGGACGCCCUUUUUCUAUUAUUCCAUGCGUCCCAGAAGUUUUCUGCAUGUAUCCCGGCGUGGCGCCUUAGGGGGGUUUGAGAGAGAGUGAGAGAAGGGUUUUGGUGGCUUAGACAAAGGGUGUUUCUCUGCAAAUCCACAUGGCUCGGGGAGAGAGAGCCAGGGGAGCAAGGGGACUACAAAGGCAGGUGACCGCAUCAUCAUCAUCAUCACUGGGAGUUGUUGGCAGCCUUUUUCAGGCAGACUUUGUUUACUAGACUUUUUUAUUUGUUUUGGCUUCGUUCCCCUUGGCCCGUUCAAGGGGGUUUGAAUCUACCACUUACUACCCAUGG